UGUGCUUAAAGUCUUGUCCAAAGACUAUAUAAAGGAAAUUAAAGUGAGGAAGAGAAAGAGAUAAGAGAGAUCUCUAUGGAAGAAAUUCAUGAAACUGCAAAAGCUUAUUACAACAAUCUAACAGAAGACCAAAAGGAUGGUGCCAAUAAUAUGUUCCAAUCAAUGGAUUUGAAUGGAGAUGGGAGUGUAAGCCUGAGUGAGUACCUUGAGAUAUUGGGGAAGAAGGGCUAUAAAUUGUCCAACAACCCGAAAUUCUUCACGGAGCUUGACAGGGACGGAGAUGGAAAUCUGGAUUUCGAAGAGUUUCUAAGCUUAUACUAUCUGAUUAGAAGUGAGAGGCUGCUCUUCUGCGACGGCCAUGGAUGUGGAGCUUUUCUCAAAGGAGUCUACUUCACUUGUGUUCACUGUUUCCAACGCGAAAAGAAUUUCGAUCUCUGCCCUUCCUGCUUCAGCGGCAAGAAUUUUCUCCAUAACCAUGCUACCUUUCUGGAUAAUUUUGCCUUGCUGCAUUUCAUGGCUACAGCAUACAGCAACAACAAAAGGGAGGGAGCAAGUGAAGCCGCUGUGGUGGGACUAGAUAUUGCAAAAUUCAUAGUCGAGAUUACCGCUAGUACUGCAUGCAGCAUAAUGUAGUACUUUUAUAUAAAUUUUUAUGAAAAAUAUGUAUAUGGGAAAAAUACAUCUAGCUAUAUUCAAUUUCGAUUGUACGUCAUGAUAUGGGAAAAAUACUUUUAUGUAUUGUUUUUCUACUUUAAUAUCAUGCUCGUUUGAUUCAUUUCUAUAA